CUACCAUUUCUCUCUGUAGAUUUCUCGGCCACUGGUGUUUAGACAAACCUGAGUACAAUGACUCUUCAGGAGUUGGUGCACCAUGCUGCCUCCAUGUAUUUGAACAGAACAGCUGUGUGUUUUGAUGAAGGCAACAGUCAGCCUCCACUGUGUUACACUUAUAAGACUGUGCUGAAUGAGGCUUCAGAAUUAUCUCAUUUUCUGCUAACACACUGUGACUUUGGAGGAAUUCAAGAAAUUGGUCUCUACUGUCAACCUGGGAUAAAUUUACCCUCCUGGAUUUUAGGGAUUCUUCAGGUCCCUGCAGCUUAUGCACCUAUUGAUCCAGACUCACCACCGUCACUGUCAACUCACUUUAUGAAAAAAUGUCGUCUGAACUAUGUUCUUGUUGAAAAAAACCAGGCUAAUAAAUUCAAAUCUUCACAUGAAACAGUUUUGAACUAUAACAUAGUUUCAGUGGAACAUAAAGACCUGGUGCUCUUCAGACUUCAUUGGGAAAACGGUGAGGUGACAAUGCUCAGUGAUAGAGAAGAUAAAUCCGAGAACAGCAGUGAAGAGAAGGCACACAUGGACAUUCGGCAAGAGGGUUGCUUGGCUUAUGUCCUACAUACCUCAGGGACCACAGGGACACCGAAGAUUGUCAGAGUGCCUCAUGCGUGCAUACUACCAAAUGUCCAGCACUUUCGGUCAGUUCUGUCUUCUGAAUCCUUCUUAGAAUUUGUGCUUUAAGCUGGGUAUGGUAGGACUCACUAGAAGUCUCAGCAUUUGAGAGGCAGAGGCAGAUUACAAGUUUGAGGCCAGUUUGUGCUGUGGAAAGACACACUAUCUCAGGAAAACAAAACAAAAUAAAAAUCUUUCA